UUAACGUCUGAAGGGUCUCCAUCAAAGAUUUUGACCAGUUUCAAGUUUUAAACAGCCUUUCCUAGUAUAUACUGAAAACUUUUUUUGAGGUUGGGCAAUUACUUGACGCAAACGCGUGGUUAAUUCAGAUAUUUAUCCUUAUUUCUUGAGGUGAUUAUUUAGUCAGACGGGAAGAUUCACGAGCCUUCAUUGUCGAAAAUCGAGUAAAUUUCGAAACGGAGUAGUUCAGCUCUGAUGUUGAUUCAGUAACCACUGAAGAAUUCAUUCAGGGAUUCGUUAAUCUGAUUCAAACCAGGAACGUGAGUGCAAAUGAAUCACGACCAGACGCUGCUCAAAUGAGUCAAAUUGAUGAAUCGAACAGUUCAGACUGGAAAAUUACUUUCAUAAAUCAGGAAUAUAAUUUUGUUUUUAAUGUUGUGGUGCCGGAGAGUACGCAACAAACUGCUAAGAAUAGUUAAAAACCAGUGCAUCGAUAACCGCUAACGCGAUUGAAAUCCAGUCUGUACGUGUAAUAUGAUUAAGACAAUUAAAGUUUUUAAAGAUUUUCAUUUCUGAGAGGAAUCGGAGAAAACUUACAGUGCGCUGCGCAGGAGCUCCGCGUCCGUUAGCUGAUGUUCCGUUAUUGCCAUGGCAACUGUAGAUUUGUGACGUGGCGAUGACGUCACAGGGCAUAGUAUAUAAAUUGAUGCGAGUCAGUAGAACGACAGAGAGCUUUGGAGAGUUUGAGGGUGAUUUUACUGCUAUAGACAAGAGCCAGUCCUUAUUGAGUCUCUAGAUACAGUUUAUAGACACAAACAGACAAUCAAUUUGAUUACUGUACAAUGUUAAGUACAGAUUAUUGAUCUGUCAGUCUCAGAACACCAGACAAUGUCCACAGAGGUCAGAGAGGUGCUUCUGGAGGUUUACCUCAACGGUGCCUUCUACUGCAGGGAAAGUUACUGGGCAUCAGAUGAUAAAGAUGUGCAGCUGGAGUUUGAGAUCACCGAUGCCAUCUAUGACCUUCUCGGCUGCAGCGCAUCUCAAGAGAUAGAUGUGCAGCUGGAGUUUGAGACGGACGAUCACGUCUCAGUCGGUCACUGCAGUCCAGGAGAGAUGCACAUGGAGCUGGAGGCUGAAGAGAAUCAGAACAUCUCAGUCUGUGAAGUGAAAGACUUGCAGCUGGAGAUGAACAGGAACGUCAGCGUCUCAGAGCUGAAGGGGCCUGCGCUGGUGUCUGAAGAUCUGAGAGACCCAGCAGGACCUUCAGUGGAAGACAGCGAUGUUCAGGAGAACAGCCCGACAGAAAGCACUGCUGGGUGGAUGUUCAAGAAAAUAAGUGCAGUCUUCCAGCAAUUGACUGCAAUCUUCCAGACAAAUGCACUGAAUGCUAUUGGGGAACCUGAAGUGGAUCUUCAUGAUACAGAGAAAUCAUGUCUCCCAGAUCCCAGCGUUCCUGAGCCAGAUCCUGAAAUGGAUCUGGUCGAUACCAAGCAGUCAUGUAUCCCAGAACCUGAAAUGGAUCUGGUCGAUAUUGAACAAUCAUGUGUCCCAGAUCACAGUGUUCCUGAUCCAGAACCUGAAGUGGAUCUUCUUUAUCCAGAGAUAUUAUGUGGUCCAGAUCCCAGCAUUCCCGAGCCAGAACCUGAAAUGAAUCUGGUCGAUAUUGAACAAUCAUGUGUCCCAGAUCCCAGCGUUCCUGAUCCAGGACCUGAAGUGGAUCUUGUUGAUCCAGAGGAAUCCUGUGCACCUGGUCCAAGCGUUCCCGAGCCAGAACCUGAAGUGUCAUCAGAGCAUUUAAGUUUGGAAAACUGCAUCCGUCUUAAUGUGUCCAAGCUGGAGGAUCGUUUGAGGGAAUGUACACUGUCCAAGACUCCUGUCACUGAGGUCUGGCCCAGGGUCUUCAUUGGAAAUGAAGAGACUGCAUGGGACCGAGAUAAACUGAAGGAGAUGGGAAUUACUCAUAUCCUUAAUGCUGCAGCGCCAAAAAAGGACCUGAAGUUCUUGUUGGGAAUGGCAAGCGAGAAAGACCUACUAGGAACGGUCAACACAGGGUCCAGAUAUUACAGAGGCAUGAACAUGACUUACUGUGGCCUGCCUUCGUUCAGACACUGGGCCAAUAUCAGCAAGUACUUCUUGCCAGCAGCCAAAUUUAUCCAUAAGGCCUUGAGGAACCCAACGAGUAAGGUGUUGAUUCACUGCACACAGGGCCUUAGCCACUCGGCGACUCUGUUUCUGGCUUAUCUGAUGAUCUGCCAUGACAUGAUGGUGGAGGAAGCCAUUGAUCAUGUCAUAAAAGUGAGAUGCAUCAAGCCCUAUUUCGGCCAUCUGAAGCACCUGGCGUUCCUCAAUGCCGACCUUGUGCUGCAGAGAAAACUAAAGCUACAGGGGGGGAAAACAGACAAAAAGAUGAAAAAAUGGCAGGAUGUUGUGUUUUUGUCCAGAGAGACUGCAUGGGACCGAGAUAAACUGAAGGAGAUGGGAAUUACUCAUAUCCUUAAUGCUGCAGCGCCAAAAAAGGACCUGAAGUUCUUGUUGGGAAUGGCAAGCGAGAAAGACCUACUAGGAACGGUCAACACAGGGUCCAGAUAUUACAGAGGCAUGAACAUGACUUACUGUGGCCUGCCUUCGUUCAGACACUGGGCCAAUAUCAGCAAGUACUUCUUGCCAGCAGCCAAAUUUAUCCAUAAGGCCUUGAGGAACCCAACGAGUAAGGUGUUGAUUCACUGCACACAGGGCCUUAGCCACUCGGCGACUCUGUUUCUGGCUUAUCUGAUGAUCUGCCAUGACAUGAUGGUGGAGGAAGCCAUUGAUCAUGUCAUAAAAGUGAGAUGCAUCAAGCCCUAUUUCGGCCAUCUGAAGCACCUGGCGUUCCUCAAUGCCGACCUUGUGCUGCAGAGAAAACUAAAGCUACAGGGGGGGAAAACAGACAAAAAGAUGAAAAAAUGGCAGGUUAAAACAAAAUAGAACACAGAUUUAAAAAAUGGUGCAGAGAUAAAAAAGAAAAAAAA